AUGGCUCUGGCUAAAGGACCAGCAGUGGCCAACAGCAGGUGCCUUGGGAAGAGCGAUGCGCUACAAGAAGCAAUUUCUGCUCAUGCAGCAAGAGAGCAAACAGCUGAAUACUCAGAUGACUUUGAGAGUGACGAAGAUGGUAUGUUAAAUGAUAUUGGGGAAGAACUUAAUGAAAGUAAUUCAGGUGCUGAAAACACUAAGGAAUCAGUCACUGUUGAGAGUUCUCUCUCAGGUGAUGAUGCUUCACAAAAAGCAGCAGAUUUGGAAAAUGAAGCUGCUGAUGACUUGACUUUAUCCUUUCAUGAAAAGAAGCUUCAGCGACUAAUGGUCUUAGAAAGUGAAAACAUACAGGAUGACAGAAAAGAUGGCGAAGAAGAAUGUUUGGAAAAUCAAAAUGAGGGUGAUGACAGAAAAGAUAAUGAAGAGUGUUCAGCUGCUGAAGAAGUACCAUGUGAUAAUAGUGAAAGUGACCGCGCUGAGAAUAUCAGCAUCCUUUCAUUAGAUGGCUGUUAUAAACCAUUACCUCAACCAAGAAGUAUGUUGAGAAAAAGUGGUCCUGUGGAAGACAAUGAGCUUAAUAGGUCAGAAGGAAAAAUAACUUCUAGAAAUGGAUUGUCUUCGUUUUCGGCACCAUCAUCCCUAACUACUCUGAAUGCCCAAGCCACACCCAAGAAAAAAUUGCUUGCCGAAAGCCCUGGUCCUGAAGGUCCGUGGCUAGAAAGUACUUCACCACCAUUUUCCGUUAAUUUUACUUCCCACAAUGAAAAAUCUGGAGACUCCAAUUUACUGAUGUGUGGAGAAGCACCACCUGCAAAAGAUCAAGAUCAGAAGAUCAGCACCAGUGACUUGAAACUGGAGGACAACAGUAGAAAAUCUCCUUCUGUGACAGAAAUAAUGAUGACCACAGUAUAUGGGAAAACAAAGAAAUUAGAGAAGUCAACAGAUGACAGUUCAGAUGAAACGGUGAAAAUAGUGGAAGGGCAAAUAGUAACUGAUACAGUACAGGAGGUAUCAGUGAAUGAUCAAUCUGAGCAUGGGGAGGCAAAGAACACUUCAAAGGACUCUGCCAAGAAACUAAAUGAAACAAUGGAGAGAGUUCUACAAAACCCGAAAGCUUCUUUAUCUGACAGGUCUCUGUCUUCUGCGCACUUAAAGAAAAAGGCGAAAGCUGUUCCAUCAGCUACACCUAUUUCAUCUCAAUAUCUGGGAACAUUAAAGGUGUUGGAGGAUAAACAUGUGCAGAAAAACAGUACAAAAUUUGACAAAGCAGAUAGUUUACGAGCAGCUGUUUUCCAGAAUUGGUUGGAAAAGAAAAGGGUCUUUCUACUGGAAUUAAAGAGAAUUGAAAAGAAGAAAGCUGAAAAUCUAAGGAACGAUACUGAAAAGAAAGAAGCCGAUAAAAGAGAGGAAGCAAUUGCAUCUUUUGAAGCCUGGAAAAAAAAGAAAGGAAGAGAAGCAAAGAAGUUAAGUGAAAAAAAGAAGCUUGAGGAACUUAAGACAAAGAAAGCAGCCGAACAGAAUGAGGAGAAAACAGAAGCAGCACAGAAGGCAUUUGAAAAAUGGAAAGCAAGAAAAGCGGAAUAUUUAAGAGAGCAAAGCAGAAAGGAAAAACAAUCUGAAAGAAUCAGGAAGAAGAAAGAAGAGGAACUGGUUGCAGAGAAGAAGAGAGACAGCAUGUCAGCAGUUGAAAAAUGGAAUGAAAAAAAGGAAGAAUAUAUGAAACAGAAGAAAUUACAAAAAAUCCUAGAGAGAAGAAAGCAAGAAAUACAACAGGCAAAGAAGGAAGAAAAAAAUAAAAAGGCUAUGGAGGAAUAUGAAAGAUGGCUGGAAAAGAAAGAGAAGAGAGAGCAGCUUGAGAAGAAGCAAAAGAAGUUGCAGGCUGUCCAUGGGGAUGAAGCGCCUUCUCCCUGGAGUCCACCUGGCAAAGUCACAUAUUCAAGAAAUUACUGA